UGCUGUGGUAGCUUAUUAGCUGUGCAUCCGGUUUAGUUCAGUCCGGCUCGGUAUCUUAUGCGAUCUGCCAAAUUUUGGUAAAUUUUUGCUAUUAUUGCCAUUGCAAUGCUUUCUACAAUUGCUUUGAUCUUAUUAUCUAUCUCUGGAGUACUAUCCACGCCGGGAUCAAGAACAGAAAGACCAAUUAUUGGGAUACUUGCUGAGACGACACACGGAAAAGCUGCAGAAUAUGGCAAAUUCUACAUAGCUGCGUCUUAUGUAAAAUACGUUGAAGCUGCUGGAGGCCGUGUUGUGCCGAUAUUCCCUAAUGCUACCGUGGAUCAAGUGAAGCAGCUCUUUCAAUACAUUAAUGGAGCUCUUUUCCCUGGAGGUGGAGUCAGCCUUACUAAAUCUGGCUAUGCUGAGAAUGGAAACAUUUUAUAUCAGUUAGCUAUUCAGGCCAGUGACAAGGGUGUUGUCUUUCCAAUAUGGGGAUCUUGUCUUGGCUUUGAGUUAUUAACAGUAAUAUCAAGUAGUAACAAGGUGGUCUUUUCUCACUUGGAUGCCGAGAACUAUCCAACUCCGCUCAACCUCUCAGAAGAUUUCAGUGAGAGUAAAAUGUUUAACAAGGCAACUCAGGACAUGAUCAAAGCAGUCCAGCACUCAAGGAUUACAAUGAACAAUCAUCAAUGGGGAGUGACUCCAGAGAAUUUUCAGAAGGAUCAAAGUCUUUCUAGUUUUUACAGAAUUGUUUCGACAAACAAGGAUCGAAAGGGCAUUGAGUAUGUUUCCACCAUUGAAGGUAUUAAAUAUCCAAUAUUUGGGGUUCAAUGGCAUCCAGAAAAGAACCAGUUUGAGUGGUCCACCAAAGAAUCAAUACCACACAGUACUGAUGCUAUUCAUCUUGGACAGUAUAUGGCAAAUUUUCUUGUUGAUCAAGCACGCAUGAAUGAUCACCAUUUUCCCAGCCAAGACAAAGAAGAUGCUGCCUUGAUUUACAACUAUAAUCCUACAUACACAGGACACUUCUCAAACUUCACUCAGUGCUAUUACUUUUAAUUUGGUAAAAAUAAACUUAAUAUGAUUCCUCUCUUUGAUUCCCUAAGGAAAGUGUACACCUAGAACAUCUAUUAAGCAGCCACUCUCAUGUAAUUGUCAAGUGGCUGCAAAAUAGAGGUUAAAUAUUAUUUUUUACUGCGAUUUUACACAAAAAAUAGCAUUAAUUGAGUUAUUUUUGUAUUGAUUGUUGAUUAAUUUUAUUGAUAUUUUUUAAGUGUCUUUAUGCACCUUUGGUAAUUAUAUUCACUUUAUUUUCUGGUUGACAAUCACCCAACUCACGGUCGACACUUGGCCGACCAUCUGAUUCUCACCAACAGUUGGCCAAUUGUCAACCUACACAUAUUAUUUUCUAGAACUCAAAAUUCAUUCGAAUUUUUUAAAUAAAGUUUCUCAAUGAUUCAUUUUUUUUUUUUCACUGGUGACAAAAAUUGUCCCAUUACAUGAUGAUCGGAACAAUGUAGUUCAAAAGUUAAAGCAGUAGCAAUAUUGAUUAUCAUUGAAAACAGAAAAGCCAAAAAACUAUAAAUCUUUAAUUAUUUUUAGCAUAAUAAAAGUAUCAAACAUUUUAUGAAAAUUUCAACACGCCAAAUAUUUUAUGAUAAAUUUUGUAAUAUAUUUUUUAAAUUGUACUUUCCUUAAUAAAUGAUAUUCUUGUGUUA